AUGUUCAGCCAUGCCCGUUUUCUCCUCCGUCCACCUUCUUCCACUCCAGCACGCUCCAGCACUCUCUCCUUCCUCUCCACUACCGCAAACUUGCUGCCACAAUGCUGGCCAACGGCCGAUAUCCUCCCCCUCUGUGCCGCCGCGCCGUCUCUUUCCGCCGCGCAGCGGGCCCACGCACUUGCCGUCGUCCACGGCCACCUUCCCGCCAGCGUCUCCAUCUCCGCCGCCCUCAUCCUAUCGUACGCCGACCACCUCGCCCAUCCCUCCACCCUCCAAACUCUCUUCAACCAGACGGCCCCAUUCUCUCGAUCCCCUUUCCUCCACAACACCAUCAUCCGCGCCUGCACCGUACAAUCGACCGGGCCCCACAGGGAAUGGGCCUUUGGGUUUGGUUUUAUGCCGUAUAAUGAUUUGCUGAGGGAUGCCUAUCUGAGGCCUGAUGAUUACACCUUCCCUUUCGCUCUCAAGCUCUGCGCGGACUUUUCGUGUGUCUCGAAAGGCUUGGAAGUGCACGGGAGGCUGAUCAAGGCUGGUUUUGACGAGGAUGUGUUUGUGAACAAUACUCUGAUUCUUUUCUAUGGAGCCUGUGGUGAUUUAGUGGGUGCGCAGAAAGUUUUUGAUGAAAUGCCUGAAAGAGACUUGAUAUCGUGGAAUACGUAUAUUCGGGUUUUUUCGGAAAACGAGUCUCGUCUUGAGUCCUUUAGUCUGUUCAAGGAUAUGAUUUCGACAUCCGGCCUUUCGCCUAAUGUGGUCACAGUUGUGAGUGUCCUGCCAGUGUGUGCCAGGCUUGAGAAUGAUUGGUUGGUUAAGUUGAUACACUGUUAUGCAGUUAAGGUCGGCUUGGAUAGGGAAAUUAGAAUUGGCAAUGCAUUGGUAGAUGCUUAUGGUAAGUGUAGCAAUAUUGAGGCUUUAGAAGUAGCAUUCGGUGAGAUGGCUGAGAAAAAUGAGGUCACUUGGAAUUCGAUUAUCGGUGGAUUCUCGUACAGUGGCCUCAGUAGUAAUGCAUUGAUUUAUUUUAGGGCAAUGAUUGGCGCUCGCGUGAAAUUGAGCACCAUUACCAUUGCCACCAUGCUACCGACUUUGUCAGAACUAGAUUUAUUCAAGAACUGUAAAGAGCUUCAUGGUCACUGUAUAAAAGUGGACAUAGAUUCUGAUGUUUUUGUUUCAAAUGCAUUGAUUGAUAUGUACGGGAAGUGGAACCGUUUUCUUGAAGCUUCCCAUGUUUUCGAUAAGUUGGAUAACCAAAACGUUGUUUCGUGGAAUACAAUGAUUGGCACUUGUGCUCAGAAUGGGCUCGGACCGAAAGCACUAGACCUCCUCAGACAAAUGCAAGCCCGCGGUCAAAUUCCUAAUUCCGUCACCAUUACUAAUGUUCUACCUGCAUGUGCCCGAUUGGGUUCGAUUAUUCACGGGAAGGAAAUGCACGCGAGAUCCAUUCGGUCCGGGUCGGUUCUCGAUUUGUACGUCUCGAAUGCCUUAACAGACAUGUACACAAAAUGUGGCCGGAUGGAUCUUGCCCAAACUGUAUUUGACAUGUCACCAAGAGAUGAAGUAUCAUACAAUAUACUCAUAACAGGCUAUGCCCAAACAAUGGAAUCCCCAAAUUCUCUAAAGUUGUUAACCAAAAUGGAAGCCCUAGGGUUGAGUCUCGACAUUAUUUCCUACACGGGGGCCCUGUCUGCCUGUGCCAAUAUGUCGGCACUGAAUGAAGGAAAGCAAAUCCAUGCUUUUGCAAUCAGAAAAUUAUUUCACGAACGUCUUUUUGUUGCAAACUCGCUAAUCGACAUGUAUAUCAAGUGCGGGCAUAUAGAAAUAGCAAUUAAAGUGUUCGAUAGAAUCCCCAAACGGGACACAGCAUCUUGGAAUACCGUGAUUCUAGGUUUUGCGAUGCUUGGCAGAUUAGACACAGCAUUUCACCUUUUUGAAACUAUGAAAGACGACAAGAAUGUAAGAUACGACUCAGUUUCUUACAUUGCAGUUCUAUCGGCUUGUGGCCAUGGAGGAUUAGUGGAGAAGGGCAAAAGGUACUUCAACGACAUGUUGGCCCGGGGCAUAAAGCCCUCUGAAAUGCACUACGCUUGCAUGGUGGACAUUCUCGGGCGUGCGGGCCUUAUGGAGGAGGCAGUUGGGCUUAUCAAUGAGCUGCCCACUGAGCCGGGAGCGAACAUAUGGGGUGCCCUGCUUGGGGCUAGCCGGGUCCAUGGCUGCACGGAUUUGGGGUUUUGGGCUGCUGAGAAGCUUUUGGAGAUAAAGCCAGAUCAUUCGGGUUAUUAUGUGUUGCUGUCGAAUAUGUAUGCGGAGGCCGGGAGAUGGGAUGAGGCGGAUAGGAUUCGGAAGUUAAUGGGUGUGAGGAAAGUGAGGAAGAAUCCCGGGUGCAGUUGGGUUGAGGCAGAGGAUGGGGUGCAUGGUUUUGUUGCCGGUGGGAGAUUUGAUCCGUGUUUGUGGCCUGCUGUCUCGGGUUAA